CCUGGUGUCGCCCUCCUCAGGCGCUGCCAUACUUCAGUCCUGGGUCAGGUCCCCCAGACCGAGGCCUGGCCCCUGGUCUCAGGUUUGGAGAGGCUUCUCCCCUCUCUUCCCCUCUGACGGGGUCUGAAAGGCACGGGGGCGGACGUUCGAGUCCGCCUGGCGCUCCCCAUUCCCCGCACCAUCCUGGGAGCGCUGAACUCCGUGAGCGAACUGCCUGACCGAGCUCUCCAGUGCCCGUGCCCUGUCAUUUAUUCAUUUCGCAUACGCUUCUUGGGCACCAUCUGCAUGCCUGGCCCAGGGUAUACACCAGGCCACUAGGUCUCUGCAUCUUCAUGCACUUUCUGUUGUAAUAUUUUCUUGACCUUUUCUCUUGCUGACCACCCCCUGCACCAGCCUGUGGCUCCAGACUGGUUCCAGCAGGGUUCCAGCUCCUGGCACGUUGUGGGUGCACAAAUGGGUGGAAUGCAUGAUUAAGGGGGAGCAAGUAGACCAUAAACAGGUAACUAAACAAGUGACAGCCUCAGUGAUUUCUCGGGGAGAAACGCAGGGCGAUGUGAAUUCUGGAGCAGCCCAGGCUCAGGGCGGACGUGCCAGCAGAGGGAACCGCAAAUACAGAGGUCUUGUGUGGAAGAGGUUUGAUGUGUUUGAAAACGGUGUCACUAGGUCUGGUGGAGAGGGAGGCUGAGAGGAGAGGAGAUGGGAGAGGUCACCCCUCAUGAUAAAGGGAAGCUGUGUCGGCCCUCACCUGGCCAUCUGUUACAGCGGCAUCUUAUCUUCCAGGAAUCAUCGGAGUCCUUCACCAUGGCGUCCAGCCCGGCCAGGCGCCGCCGAGGCACUGACCCUCUCACCUCCAGCCCUGGCCGAAGCUCCCGGCGCACUGAUGCCCUGACCUCCAGCCCUGGCCGAGACCUUCCUCCCUUUGAGGAUGAGUCUGAGGGGCUGCUAGGCACUGAGGGGCCCCUGGAGGAAGAAGAAGAUGGAGAGGAGCUUAUCGGAGAUGGCAUGGAGAGGGACUACCGUGCCAUCCCAGAGCUGGACACCUAUGAGGCCGAGGGAUUGGCUCUGGAUGACGAGGACGUGGAGGAGCUGACCGCCAGUCAGAGGGAGGCUGCGGAGCGGGCCAUGCGGCAGCGGGACCGGGAGGCUGGCCGUGGCCUGGGCCGCAUGCGCCGUGGGCUGCUGUAUGACAGUGACGACGAGGACGAGGAGCGCCCUACCCGGAAACGCCGCCUGGUGGAGCGGGCCACAGAGGACGGCGAGGAGGACGAGGAGAUGAUUGAGAGCAUUGAGAACCUGGAGGACCUGAAGGGCCACUCUGUGCGCGAGUGGGUGAGCAUGGCGGGUCCCCGGCUGGAGAUCCACCACCGGUUCAAGAACUUUCUGCGCACCCAUGUGGACGGGCACGGCCACAACGUCUUCAAGGAACGCAUCAGCGACAUGUGCAAAGAGAACCGUGAGAGCCUGGUGGUAAACUAUGAGGACCUGGCAGCCAGGGAGCAUGUGCUGGCUUACUUCCUGCCAGAGGCACCAGCAGAGCUGCUGCAGAUCUUUGAUGAGGCUGCCUUGGAGGUGGUGUUGGCCAUGUACCCCAAGUACGACCGCAUCGCUAGCCACAUCCACGUGCGCAUCUCCCAUCUACCCCUGGUGGAAGAACUGCGCUCGCUCAGACAGUUGCACCUGAACCAGCUGAUCCGCACCAGUGGGGUGGUUACCAGCUGCACAGGCGUCCUGCCUCAGCUCAGCCUGGUCAAGUAUAAUUGCAACAAGUGCAGCUUUAUCCUGGGACCCUUCUGCCAGUCACAGAACCAGGAGGUGAAGCCAGGAUCCUGUCCUGAGUGCCAGUCAGCUGGCCCCUUCGAAGUCAACAUGGAAGAGACCAUCUAUCAGAACUACCAGCGCAUCCGAAUUCAAGAGAGUCCAGGCAAGGUGGCGGCCGGCCGGCUUCCCCGCUCCAAGGAUGCCAUUCUCCUUGCAGAUCUGGUGGAUAGCUGCAAACCGGGAGAUGAGAUAGAGCUGACUGGCAUCUACCACAACAACUACGAUGGCUCCCUCAAUACUGCCCAUGGCUUCCCUGUCUUUGCCACUGUCAUCCUGGCCAACCACGUGGCCAAGAAGGACAAUAAGGUGGCCAUAGGGGAACUGACUGACGAGGAUGUGAAGAUGAUUACCAGCCUCUCCAAGGAUCAGCAGAUUGGGGAGAAGAUCUUUGCCAGUAUUGCCCCUUCCAUCUAUGGGCAUGAAGACAUCAAGAGAGGCCUGGCUCUGGCUCUGUUUGGAGGGGAGCCCAAAAACCCAGGUGGUAAGCACAAGGUACGAGGUGAUAUCAAUGUGUUACUGUGUGGAGAUCCUGGCACAGCUAAAUCUCAGUUCCUCAAAUAUAUUGAGAAAGUGUCGAGCAGAGCCAUCUUUACCACUGGCCAGGGGGCUUCGGCGGUAGGCCUCACAGCAUACGUCCAGCGGCAUCCUGUAAGCAGGGAAUGGACCUUAGAAGCUGGAGCCCUGGUUCUGGCUGACCGAGGAGUGUGUCUCAUUGAUGAGUUUGACAAGAUGAACGACCAGGACAGAACCAGCAUCCACGAGGCUAUGGAACAACAGAGCAUCUCCAUUUCGAAGGCUGGUAUCGUCACCUCCCUGCAGGCUCGCUGCACGGUCAUUGCUGCUGCCAACCCCAUAGGAGGGCGCUAUGAUCCCUCACUCACCUUCUCAGAAAACGUGGACCUGACAGAGCCCAUCAUCUCCCGUUUCGACGUCCUGUGUGUGGUGAGGGACGUAGUGGAUCCAGUCCAGGACGAGAUGCUGGCCCGCUUUGUGGUGGGCAGCCAUGUCAGACACCACCCCAGCAAUAAGGAGGAAGACGGGCUGGUCAACAGCAGCAUGCCAGAGCCCGCCAUGCCCAACACAUACGGAGUGGAGCCCCUGCCCCAGGAGGUCCUGAAGAAGUACAUUAUCUAUGCCAAGGAGAAGGUCCACCCAAAACUCAACCAGAUGGAUCAGGACAAGGUGGCCAAGAUGUAUAGUGAUCUGAGGAAAGAAUCAAUGGCGACAGGCAGCAUCCCUAUCACGGUGCGGCACAUUGAGUCCAUGAUCCGCAUGGCAGAGGCCCAUGCGCGCAUCCACCUGCGGGACUACGUGAUAGAGGACGACGUCAACAUGGCCAUUCGUGUGAUGCUGGAGAGCUUCAUCGACACGCAGAAGUUCAGUGUCAUGCGCAGCAUGCGAAAGACUUUUGCCCGCUAUCUCUCCUUCCGGCGUGAUAACAAUGAGCUGUUGCUCUUCAUAUUGAAACAGUUAGUGGCAGAGCAGGUGACAUACCAACGCAACCGCUUUGGGGCCCAGCAGGACACUAUUGAAGUGCCUGAAAAGGACCUGGUGGACAAGGCUCGUCAGAUCAACAUCCACAAUCUCUCAGCUUUUUAUGACAGUGAACUCUUUAGGAUGAAUAAGUUCAGCUAUGACCUGAAACGGAAAAUGAUCCUUCAGCAGUUCUAGGGCCCUGGGCCAUCAGAGUAACUAACUGUGCCUUCUGGUGUGGGAAGGUAGAAUAAGUGUUCAGUUCACUUUGUGCUUUCUGAAGCCAACACCAACUCACCGAGGACUUGGAAGUAUGUUUGGUCAGGGUUUGGAAUUGAAUCACCUGGUUUCGCCGACAGACUCCUGGGCUCCGUAACUGGUAUUUAUUUCUUUUGCUCCAUUUUCUGCUUCUCUUGCCUUAGCAGGUGAGCACACUUUUCUUUUUCAGCUGCUUAACAGCCCAUCAGCUACAAGUGGUUUGUCUCUCUUAGCACCUUGGAUCAGAAUUAUUUGUGUUCAGGAUACCCAUGAUAGAAGAUGUGACAUACUGAGGCGAGGUAUGCCUCAGGUGACUGUGCAUAUAUAGUGUUCAUAGAACUGUUACCCUCUUGGCAUGAAUUCCAUGUCCAGGCUGCUUCUGCCACCAUUGACCUGAAAGCAGAUUAAAGGUAUUUAUUUGUAGUCUUCUGCCAAACUCUGUCUGAGAGGUCUCUAAGCUACAGUGAAUAGAGAAGAUGUGUAGGCUGUGUAUAGGAGAGACCUCAGCCCUGUCAAGUCAAUGUUGUCCAUAAUGAUACGGCUUGUCUUCCCCCCAUAGCUGGAUGAGAGGAGCUGGAUCUGGUCUAAUAGCCACAAGUAUGAGUCGUUACUGCUGUGUUUAUCUGUUUUCUCCUACCUAAUCAUUUCUCCAUUCUCUUGUACAUUCAGAAUUUUUUUUUCUGUAGUUUUAAUUUUUAAUAAAGUUGAAUAUAACCCAACUACUGA